GUUAUGUUUUUAUCGCCGUGUAUUUAUUUAUUUAUUUGUAUGCGUGUUAUUCGCAUAACUCAAAAAGUAUUAAACCGAAUCGCAUAAAAUUAGGUAGGAUGAUUGGUUAUUAUCCGGGGACCAUUUGAUUAGAUUUUGGGAUCGAUUGGGUCAAAGGUCAAGGUCAUGAAAAGGUCAACAUCUUAUUUUUACCACCCGCACCUGAAACCACGCCUCGGCCAUUCCACUGUGUGUGUGUCUGCGUCUGCUGGAUUUCUGUUUCAGGCCUUCUCCGUGGCUCUGCGUCGAUUGCUAACGUGACUGCUGUUCAAGACGAGGAGGAGGAGGAGGAGGACGCUGCCUGGGAUUCCCCAUUUCUCCAGCUGAGAGACAGUCUGCUGUCCUACUCGCAUGUCCAUGGCCAGACACCACCGGCCCUCACGCCUCAUGCGUCUCCCGGAGUCCUCUUUUGACCCAUUCUGGAUGUCCAUAGAGCGGCCUUCUGAAGCCUCUAAGUGUCACCGGGACGGUCGACCUCCGGGUAACGAGUCACUGCCGGUGAAAUUACCCAACUGCACUUCUGCCGCCAAGAAGAAGCUCAACCUGAGUGCUUCUCCGGAGCUGAGGGAGGCUGCGGCGAAUCAAAUGGCCGUGCUGGGAAAGGAGGCCGCGGAUCAAGAUGUCGGUUCUCUGCCCUCGCAUGUCGCCGGUUCAGUCAGAGGCUGGUUGGUGCGCUCGGCCGCUUGUGGAUUGAGCUACCGGUGGGUGGAUCUGGGUCCAGCUUUCUGGCCACGUUGGCUGCGUCAGACCGUUUGUGAAAAAUAAUCCGACGGAGCGAGGAGUUGCUCUUUUUCCCGGUGGGAUGGAGUGUGUGCGAGCUCUUACGGGUCGCAUACAGAUUCUGGCUUGGCACUGCUUGGAGAUCAGAGAGGGAGGAGAUGUUUCAGGAGGGAUUAAACCCGCGGGAUCGGAUGGUAGAGUUGAGAUGGGGACAG